GAACCAUCAUGGACCCCUCCAGGCACAUCCCCUCAUCGGACAGAGGAGAGCGACAGCUGGGACUCCCCGGACCCGCCCCGAGGAUCCUCCGCCCCGGCCACCUCUGACCUCAGCACUAUCCAGACUUUCGUCAUGAAGGCCAAGGGCCAACCGGGAGGAAGCAGCGUGAAGAGGAAGGGGGCGGAGCAUUCCCGUAUAAGGCGGAGCAGCCGCAGGAAGAGGCGGCAGAGACACAGAGGCGGAGCCACUAUGAAAAUGAGUGACACGGACACUGAUGACGAGGACAGGGGGCGGAGACCAUUGGCUCCUCCCUCCGCACCGCAACCUCCAACCAGCGCAGAAAGCAGCCGGGACGGCGGGGGCAGCUCCAGUGACGCCGAUACGCAGGUGAUGGACGAAGACAUCAUGGUGGAGUCAGGUGACGACUCCUGGGACCUGGUGACGUGUUACUGUGAGAAGCCGUUUGCGGGGCGCCCGAUGAUCGAAUGUAACAUCUGCUGUACCUGGGUUCACCUUUCCUGUGCGAAGAUCCGGAAGAGUAACGUCCCCGACAUCUAUUACUGUCAGAAGUGCCGAGACGGGAGGAGCGGGGGAAGCACGGUGCCCAAGGAGGAGCCCUGACCCCGGGGGGCGGACUGUUCAUGGGGGGAGGGGCCAUGGAACAUUGGGAGGGGAGUAGCGGCGCUGCGCUCGCCUCUCCUGUAUAUAGUGGAUAUAAACUUUAUUUUAUUUUUUUUCUUUUCUCCCUCCCUGUAAUAAAAACCUCUUUCUAUCCCAAAAAUAAAAGUUACUUUGUGUACAGCA